GCCCCGCUCCUGAUUGGCCGUGUGCUGCGCGCUCUCCAGUGUGCCUGGCGCCUGUACUGAGCGGCUCGGCCGGUAGUGGAGAUGUCCGGCCGGUCCAAGCGGGAGUCUCGUGGUUCCACCCGCGGGAAGCGCGAGUCCGAGUCUCGGGGCAGCUCGGGUCGUGUCAAGCGGGAGCGAGAUCGGGAGCGGGAGCCGGAGACAGCGAGCUCCCGGAGCAGCCCGGUGCGCGUGAAGCGAGAGGUAGAGCCGGCGAGCGGGCGCGAGGCCCCGGCGCCUGCCUUCCCAGCGGUGCGGGUCAAGCGGGAGCGUGAGGCCGACGAGGACUCGGAGCCUGAGCGGGAGGUGCGAGCAAAGAAUGGCCGAGAGGAUUCUGAGGACCGGAGGAGCCGCCACUGCCCGUACCUGGAUACCAUUAACAGGAGUGUACUGGAUUUUGACUUUGAGAAGCUGUGUUCUAUCUCCCUCUCGCAUAUCAAUGCAUACGCCUGUCUGGUGUGCGGCAAGUACUUUCAGGGCCGGGGUUUGAAGUCUCAUGCCUACAUCCACAGUGUCCAGUUUAGCCACCAUGUCUUCCUCAACCUCCACACCCUCAAGUUUUACUGCCUUCCAGACAACUAUGAGAUCAUCGAUUCCUCAUUGGAGGAUAUCACGUAUGUGUUGAAGCCCACUUUCACAAAGCAGCAAAUCGCAAACUUGGACAAGCAAGCCAAAUUAUCCCGGGCAUAUGAUGGCACCACUUACCUGCCGGGUAUCGUGGGAUUGAAUAACAUAAAGGCCAAUGACUAUGCCAACGCUGUCCUUCAGGCUCUGUCUAAUGUUCCUCCUCUUCGGAACUACUUCUUGGAAGAAGAUAAUUAUAAGAACAUCAAGCGUCCUCCAGGGGAUAUCAUGUUCUUGUUGGUCCAGCGUUUUGGAGAGUUGAUGAGAAAGCUCUGGAACCCUCGGAACUUCAAGGCACAUGUCUCACCCCAUGAGAUGCUUCAGGCUGUUGUCCUUUGCAGCAAGAAGACUUUUCAGAUCACUAAACAAGGAGACGGAGUCGACUUUCUGUCUUGGUUUCUCAAUGCUCUGCACUCAGCUCUAGGGGGCACAAAGAAGAAAAAGAAGACUAUUGUAACUGACGUUUUCCAGGGUUCCAUGAGGAUCUUCACUAAAAAGCUUCCUCAUCCUGAUCUGCCAGCAGAAGAAAAAGAGCAGCUGCUGCAUAAUGACGAGUACCAGGAGACGAUGGUGGAGUCCACUUUCAUGUAUCUGACGCUGGAUCUUCCUACCGCCCCCCUCUACAAGGAUGAGAAGGAGCAGCUCAUCAUCCCCCAGGUGCCGCUCUUCAACAUCCUGGCCAAGUUCAACGGCAUCACUGAGAAGGAAUAUAAGACUUACAAGGAGAACUUUCUAAAGCGCUUCCAGCUUACCAAGCUGCCUCCGUAUCUAAUCUUUUGUAUCAAGAGAUUUACUAAGAACAACUUCUUUGUGGAGAAGAAUCCAACUAUUGUCAACUUCCCUAUUACAAAUGUGGAUCUGCGAGAAUACUUGUCUGAGGAAGUGCAAGCAGUACACAAGAAUACCACCUACGACCUCAUUGCCAACAUUGUGCACGAUGGCAAGCCCUCUGAGGGCUCCUACCGGAUCCACGUGCUUCAUCACGGGACCGGCAAAUGGUAUGAAUUACAAGACCUCCAGGUGACUGACAUCCUUCCCCAGAUGAUCACGCUGUCAGAGGCUUACAUUCAGAUUUGGAAGAGGCGAGAUAAUGAUGAAACUAACCAGCAGGGGGCUUGAAAGAGGCAUCAAGGGAUUUGCUCCAGAGGACUUUGGCUGAUAAUAGUAAAGAACAUACUGAAGCUGUAGCUGACUGUAGACUGACAGCUUCCCGGGGCCAGCCCCGUGUAUAUGGUUCUGGCUACCAGAGUGUUGUCAGAGGAGCCCACCCGCCUGGGAUGGCACUGCACUGCCACCCCGCUGUUCUUUGAUCAAUUUAUUGUAAUUGACAUGCCUCACUCUUUUCCAGAUGUAUGUAACUUCUGAGUAGCUGGGAGUAGCUGAAGGACAGACAAUUUCUUUGAAACAUCAAGCCUCCGGAGUCUAGGAAUAAGCACGAUACUAGUAACAUCCUUCUGUCUAUUAUAAUUAGAUGGUUUUCCCAUGGUUCCCUUCGUUUCCUCAUGUGCUUUUUGGAAUGGAUUAAAUAUUUUCCUGUUUUUAAA